AUACGAAGGAAAUGUCACUUUAAAGGGUUUUUGAGAAAUUACUAUAUUGGGAUGUAUACUUAUCAGCAAUUAUUCAUGGUCAUGAAAGUUUAAUGUUGACAGUGAUGCUUUUUUUACCAGCUUUGAUUUAUUCACCAAAUACAAUUGCUGCUCCAAUACUCUUCAUUACUUAUUAAUAUGGCUAUGCUUAUUCUAUAAAAUAUGUGAUUUCAAUAGUAAUGUCAUUACUUUUGACUACUUUUUUUAAGAAACAUUUCCAAAGACCUAGACCAAAGCCUCGUCCACAAUUAUAGCUUAAAACUAUGUAUUUUAGAAAUAAAGAAACUAAUUAUUCAUUACCAAGUGGAGAUUGUGCUUAAGCUGCAACCUUUCUCUUUUAUUUUCUUUAAGCUUAUGGCAAUGGUAUUUUGGUUUUUCAAUCUACUUAGGAGACAUUGUUGUUAUUCUGAUUGCUAUUUUAAUGACUCUAAACGUUAUGCUUGGUAGAGUCUAUUUCUGUUGCCAUUAUUUUAGUGAUUGUCAUCUUGGUUUUGGCAUAGGAAUCACAAGUGCCUUCCUGGUUAACUUUUUAUUAUAAUGACACAUUGUCUAUUUUAUAUUUCAAGUAUAUCC